AUGGCUACCCCUACACCUACCACGUCUUCCUUACCAUUACCCAACAGUAACAGUAACCUAGGACGCGUGUCACCUAUUGAUUCACUGGCCCAGCAAUCGCAAUCUCCUUCCUUCAACCCCAACAGUUUCACUGGUCAACCCUCUUCUAAUUACCCUCGUCCUCCUCCACCCCAUAUCAGUUCACCUGCCACCGGUAAUGGUGUACACCCACCACCUCACCAACAACCUAUAGCAGGCCCCUCUCGUCCUCCUCCGCAUCAACAACCCUCAAAUCAGUUUCAGCAGCAGUAUGCCGCUCUCAGUGGACUGCCAGGGCAACAAAGUACUGGCUCAACGACGCUGGACCCAACAAUUCACGCCAGGCUGCUACUUGCUGCUCAACAGCAGGCGCAAGCUUCGGCCGCUGUCAAUGGAACGAACGGAGGUGGAAAUCAGAGACCACCUGGGAUGCCUGAUUUAGCUGCUAUGGCGAGUAAUAUGCCUGGGAACAGAGAGGCGAUCAUGAAACAGCUACAAGCUCUUCAGACCUCUCAAGCUCAACGAGCUAGACAAGCCUUAGCUCCAACUCAACCUGGAUCUAAUCCACCACCACCAGUGACUGGGACACCCGCCCCUCCUUCUGCACCUUCACCUGCCAAUCCUUCCUCUCAACAAUCCCAAUCCCAAUUGAACCAACAACCAAAUUCGCAAUCCGCUCAAAACGCUCAACAAAACUUCUCGCAGAUAGAUCAGUCUUUCCAGCAAUUCCCCGCUAACGCCCCGGACCAACAGCCACAGCAAGCCCAACAGCAAACGAAUUUUGUCAAUGGAACAGGAUUUAAUGUCCCGUCAGGACCGCAAGGGAUGCCCCAGCAGCAAAGGGAUUUUCUGCUCGCGCAAGGUGAGAAAAUGCGAGCUGCUCAGCAAUUGCAGAUACAACGUAAUCAGCAACAGCAGCAGCAGCAGCUGCAACAACAACAACAACAACAGCCACCUCCCACACCGACUGCUAACGAAUCUCAGAAUUUUCAAUCUCAACCAACUCCAUCAUCUCAUCCUGGUCACCUCCCCAUGCCUCAUAACACUGCGGCUCAAGGAUCUACAAAUCCUAUACGUCCGCCAGGUCAACAGCAGCCCGGUUUCCGACCACCAGGAAACGCUACGGCGCAACGGCAAGGUUUUAUCGGCUCUCUAGCUGGAUUCUAUAAAUCGAUAAACCAGCCAUUACCCCAAGCGAUUUUCAACGGUGAGAGAGACGGAUCCUUCCUGAUUGGUGGGGCUUGGGUGGAGGUCUUGGACCUCACGAUGAUAAUCAUGAGGUUAGGUGGGAUAAUGAAUGCCAUUCAACAGGGAGCCGAUCAGCCGUUCUGGCGGGGAUUCUUACAGCAAAGAAACAUCCCUAGUCCUCUACCUGAACCCGCUGUGAUGCCGAAACCUCUCAAUGCAGACCCGAACGCCCCUCCGCAGACCACCACCGAUCCCGUCCAAUACAUCGUAAGCGCGUACAUCGCUUGGCUUCAACCAUUUGAACAGCACAUGUCGAGACAACGACAACAAUUUGCUCAAAGACAGCAGGCCAUGGCCAUGGGAAGACCUCCCAAUGCUCAGCAGCCCGGAAUAUCUCCUACGCCAACAAUGAAUGGGAUCCCAGGAAUGGGUCCAGGUCAACAGAUGUUUGCAGCUCCGUCACCAGCUGGAGCAGUGCCUACUCCGACGUCCAUGAUACCUCCUUCACCUGCCAAUUCCAUGUCAUACAUGCCUAGUAUGGCAUCACCCAUCACUCAUGCGCCACAUUCGGAGACCAAACCUAGCGGAAGAGGAAGAGGACGUGGUCGAGGGAGGGGAAGAGGUAGAGGCAGAGGGCAAUCUCAUGAUGUCUCGUCGAGAAAUGUCCCUCCCCCUAUACACACGGGACAUAACGAUUUCACCGCUCCUCCAACUUCCGCUGUAGUAGGAACACCCGAAUCAGGACAUAAGCGGAAACGUGAGAUGAAGGAUAAAGGUUCUCAUUCGGCUGAAAACUCCACGCCGUCCACUCCUGCAUCUGCACAAGUCAAUCUUCCGGCCGCCAGUGCACCUAUAGAAAGACCUCCUACCCCCAAACGAGCAAGAUACAAAGUGGAAUACAAUCCUAUCCAUAAACCCCAGUCUAAUCUCGGCGGAUGGGAGAGAAAUGCCGUAGCAGCGACGUUCGCGAAGAACUCUUUACAUCAGGGUGCAAGAUCGAUACAUGAUUUAGCCAUUGUCGACAUGGAAGGCAUUUUGAUGAGUCUCCGGUCGAGAUUGCCCCACGAAUUGAGUUAUGCCAUUACAGUACUAUCGAUGUUAUCGAUGUCUCAUCCUGAGGAGAACGUCACCGGACUACCUCUGGUACACCUACAGGAGGUUUAUCAAGAAAUACUGGAUCUGAUGAAAGAAGCUGCGUUCGGUGAAGACGGUUAUGAAGAUUGGGAAAAGCAAUAUCAGCAUGAUGAAUCCUCCCCAACGUCCAGCAGUGACGAUCUGAAUCAAAUGACUUUCCUCGAAUUAGAACAACUAGGACGCGAUUUCGAUUUCUCUUUUGAUGAUGAUGAACAUCUCGAAACUCCCAAACCGCCCAAGGAUUCUACUGGCGGUCAAACCGAUAUCAUCUUAGCUGGUAUGAAUCUGUUAAGGAAUUUCUCGAUGUAUCAUGAUAAUCAAGAAGUCAUGGCUUCCAAUCCCGAUACGUUCGAGCUAUUAGCGUUAUUGGCAGAUGCAAGAUUAUGUCGAUUACCUGGUCAAUCUCAAAAAUGCAAUCGACCAUUCUCGAUCAUUGAAUUAGCGAGAGUCCGACGAGAUGCCAUAAGCGUCUUAACAAAUAUCGGAACGUAUAUCAACCUGAAGAGUUACCCGACCAGAUCGACCAUAUCGAUAUUCAGACUAUUAUCCAGUUUCCUCAAUUCAGGAUUUGAGAGUUUCUCAAUUCAAGAUCCUCUCUUUGGACCUUCUACCCUCAUUUCACUCAAUGAUGCGCGAGCGCCGGCGAACCAUUCACUCAAUCGAGCGUUGGAAGCGUUCAGCAAGAUCAUGCUUAGCGAUCAUAAUAGGGAAGUCAUCGGGACCAAAAUACCCCACAAGGAGAUGAUUAAAUUAUUCGAGAACCUAGUCAAGUUGUUCCCCAUCACCAAAAGACAACUGGAGGCUUUACAUACGAUUGAAGAUUAUCUUGGACUAUACGAACAAUUAUCAUUAUGUUUGUAUUCCUUGGUAUUUUCAGCUACGAUUCAAACUCGAAAUCAGAUGCGAAAUCAACCUGGCCUAUUAGAUAUCCUACUUAGGUUAAUAAUUGAUACGUCACUCCAACAUAAAGAUUUCAAGGCCAAUCCAUUUGGUAUACUAUCACGAAGACUUUGUGAGACACUGGGUAUACUCAAUGGGAAUAUCCAACCUAAUGGAAUGGCAGAGAGUCAAAUCAGUUUUUCAGCAGGUGGGAUAGAUAGUAAGAACGGAUAUAAGUUUGAUUCUAAGAAAAUCACCAAUGGAUAUCUUGCCAAUAAACAAUUGGAGAUUCUGGAGAUGCUGUGGAGAGUUAGGAAUGUUGAUGGGGCUGCUUUUAGGGAGUUGGAAGGGAUGUGUUGGGGUGGUGAAGGUGGAGAAUAA